AUGGCGUACAGUCCUAAUGGAAGUGGAUCGAGUGGUCUCCUUCCUCCUAUCUCGGUGCUUGCCAAGUGGCCGCUUCCGAACUACGAUGAUCCCGUUACUCGUUCCAAAGCCGUCCUCAUUACAUCAUGUGCUCUGGGAUCCGUCAUGCUUGUCACAGUGGGAGCCAGAAUGUGGGCAAGAGCUAUCAUACAAAGGAACGCAGGGCUCGAUGACUGGAUUAUAAUGGCUGCAAUGAUACCAACAAUUGGACUUACUAUCGUAGUAUGUCUAGCAACCGAAAAGUACGACUUCAAUCGCCACAUAUGGGACGUCCAUCCAAACAUGUACGUCCCUGAGCGCAAGAUAACCUUCAUCCUCUACCUCUUGUACAUUGUGUCCGGUGGAAUGAUCAAGAUUUCCAUCCUCCUUUUCUACCGCCGCCUCGACUCGCGCUCUAUAACCCGAAGUUUUCGGAUCGCGACCUGGAUUAACAUCAUCGCCAUCGGCAUUUUCUGCAUUGCAUUCGUCGUCGUGCUCUUCACAGCUUGCACACCUUUUGAAGCCUUCUGGUAUCAGUUCGACAUCGCCAGGCAAAUCGCAGGAUACUCAUACCACUGUUGGGUCAACGAAUAUGCAGAUCUGCUAUCAGCGAGCAUAAUCAGCGCAGUGCAGGAUGCCGUUGCCGCUUUUCUUCCUACAAUCCUAUACUGGAACCUGCAAAUCCCUCGUCGCCAGAAGAUUGCUUUAGGUGCCAUCUUCGCUCUCGGCUACCUAGUCUGCAUCGUCGCGGGUGUUCGUUCUUACUACGUCUACCGCAUCUUCAACGACCCAUUGUACGAUUCGACCUGGGAGUCAUGGCCUGCGUGGCUUCUCUGCAUGUUGGAGAUUCAACUGGGGGCUAUAUGUGCUAGUGCACCGGCUCUCAAAGUAUUCUUUACGCAUUACUUCAAGGUGGCCGCGAGUAUGUAUGGAUCCAGCCGCGGUACGGCAUCCAGUGUUAAGAAAGACGGUUCAUGGUGGAGAUCGACGGGUACGGGCUCGGCGAGUAUGGCAACCAUGGUGUCGAAGCCGGAACAGGAAGGGUAUCUUAGGGAACUGGGAGCAGGCCAUAUUGUGGAUGAGGAAGGGGGGAUUGUGCUACAGGAGGGAAAGAAAUUCGAUGGGCGGACAGGAACCGGUAGAUAUGAUGGAUGGACUGAGAACCAAAGACAUGACGGACGGACAGAGAGUAACAGGUUUGAUGGUAGGACGGAAAGUAUCGAAACCUUCAUCUUUACUUGA